AGAUAUGGACUCUGAGGGACCAUAUCUCCCCCAAUAACUUGAAGAGCCCUCCCAUGGAAGCAGAGAUGGGUGUGAGGCAGGUGCUGGGUCAGGCAGGGCUUCAUUAACCUUGGGCUCAGUGAGAAUAAGCUCUGCCUCGACCUGAUGACUGAACGGUUGAGUCAGAGUGAUAUGAACUACAUUGAGGAUGACCUGCUGCAGUAUCCUGAUUGGAGAGGGCAGCCAUUCCUGAGAGAAGAGGUGGCCCAGUUCCUGACCUACUACUGCAAAGUACCUGACCAGCUUGAUCCAGAAAAUGUAGUUGUUUUAAAUGGCUGCUCCUCUGUGUUCUCCACACUGGCCAUGGUUCUGUGUGACCCAGGUGAGGCCUUUCUGAUUCCUACCCCCUUUUAUGGUGGCUUCGCCUUUAGUGCCUGCCUGUAUUCGAAAGUCGAGCUGAUUCUUGUCCACCUGGACAGUGAGGUCACAGAUGCGAAUCCCUGUCCUUUCCGGCUCACUGUGGACAAGUUGGAGCAAGCUCUACUUGAGGCUAGGCUUGCAGGGAAAAAGGUCAGGGGCCUCAUUCUAAUCAACCCUCAGAACCCUUUGGGAGAUGUCUAUUGUCGAGAUUCACUACAGGAAUACCUCAAGUUUGCCAAGAGGUACAACCUCCAUGUGAUUAUCGAUGAGAUUUACAUGCUGUCUGUGUUUGAUGAAUCUAUCACAUUCCACAGUGUUCUGAGCAUGGACAGUUUGCCUGACCCCAACAGGACCCAUGUGAUCUGGGGUACCAGUAAGGAUUUCGGCAUCUCUGGCUUCCGCUUUGGUGUUCUCUACACCCACAACAAGGAAGUGGCCUCUGCUGUGAGUUCUUUUGGCUACCUCCAUGGCAUUUCUGGCAUUGCCCAGCAUAAGCUGUACCGGCUGCUCCAAGACCGAGAGUGGAUUGACAAAGUAUACCUGCCCACUUACCGCUCCCGGCUGCAGAAAGCUCAUGGAUACGUGACCCAGAAGUUGGAGGCAUUAGGGAUCCCUUUUCUCAACCGUGGCUCCGGCCUCUACAUCUGGAUCAACUUGAAAUCGUACCUGGACCCGUGCACCUUUGAGGAAGAGCUGCUCCUCCACCGCCGCUUCCUGGACCACAAGCUGAUGCUAUCCCGUGGCAAGACCUACAUGUGCAAGGAGCCUGGCUGGUUCCGUGUCACCUUUGCGGAGAAGCCCCUCUGGCUAAAAGAAGAAACCUCUUUUGGAGAAUGGACGGAGCAAAAGAACACUAGAGCCAUGCACCGGUUCUAUCACGUGCUCUUGGAGCAGAAGCAGGAUCUGAUCGUGAAGCAACUGGAGGAUGCACAGAGAGAGUAAGUGCGCUGCCGCCACUCACCUGCUCAGGGCACUCCUGACCUCAGCGUCUGGUCCCGAAGGCUAGAGGUUCUGGCCUAGUGCUGGGACUGAGCCAACAGUGGGCUCCUCCAGAAAUGGGCUCAUUGGACCCAGUCAUCAGUUUUUUCAAGCUGAGCAUCUGUCACUUUGGAAGCGUUGCAUCUUUUUAGUCUUUGCUA